GCCCACGAGAAGCCCGUCAUCUUUUACUCGAUUGUCAUUGGUCUUGCUGGUCCUCUGAUGGUACCCACCGUCCCAGCCAUCCGCGCGAAGUUUGGUUACAAGCGCCCAGAGCCCAUUCCUCUCGCAUAUCCCAUUCCCCAGCGGCCACGGAGAGAAGUGAAGGGGUAUGAUGAUGAGCCUUAG